UAUGCUUGAGGAGGGAGCCGCUUCCCAUCGCUCUCACAGACCAGGCGCCAAGUGUAGCAGUCCCGUCCGCAGUCUGCCUCCGCACCUCUGACGCCCGCUGUGCCCAUGGAUACUGCCGCCCCGCUCAUUUCCACACCGCACUGACUAACCGUACCUCUCAACGAGGUACCCUGGAUAUUUACUUCUGGGCUGUUGUGUUCACUGUCCUGAGUCCUCUGCGCUGCGUGACGCGAAUGGAGAAGGUCCAAGGAUAACAGAGGGUGCAGGAUUUUGCUACUGCAGAAGACCUGCCGGUAGUUCGCUGCCCGCCUGUCUGUCAGAGGCUGUGGUGUCGCAUCCAAUAUUUUCAUUAUCUAAAUCGCCUUGCAUGGAUGCAUCAUGGCUACGUUUAUAUGCCGGGUACAGUUCUUAGAUGAUACUGAUCCAUUUAACAGCACCAAUUUCCCCGAGCCCACCAGGCCACCUCUGUACACUUUCAGGGAAGAUAUUCCUCUGAUAAAUCAGAUUGCUGGAGUCCACAGGCUGCUUAAAGCCCCGCAUAAGCCUGAUGACUGUGCCCUUCAGCUGUCCCACAAUGGCAGCUACCUGGACCUGGAGUCGACCCUGGCAGAGCAGAGGGAUGAACUGGAGGGAUUUCAGGAGGAAGGAGGAAGAGGCAAGAAACACAGCGUUAUUCUUCGAACACAGCUGUCCGUCAGAGUUCAUGCCUGCAUUGAAAAACUCUACAAUUCAACUGGACGGGAGCUGCGGAGAGCCCUCUUUUCCCUCAAGCAGAUUUUUCAGGAUGACAAAGACCUGGUGCACGAGUUUGUUGUGGCGGAAGGACUGACGUGUUUGAUAAAAGUGGGCGCUGAAGCCGACCAGAACUACCAGAAUUACAUCCUCAGGGCUCUCGGUCAGAUAAUGCUGUAUGUGGAUGGGAUGAACGGCCUCAUAUCUCACAAUGAAACGGUCCAGUGGCUUUACACCCUGGUCGGAUCCAAGUUCCGUCUGGUGGUGAAGACAGCCCUAAAGCUGCUGCUGGUGUUUGUGGAGUACACCGAGUCUAACGCCGUGCUGCUCAUAAAGGCUGUGAACAUUGUGGAUGCCAAAAGAGGCACAAAAGUGUGGGCAAACGUCAUCGAGAUCCUGGAUGAGAAGGAUGGAGUGGAUACAGAGCUGCUGGUUUAUGCGAUGACACUCGUCAAUAAGACUCUGGCAGGCCUCCCAGAUCAGGACUCAUACUACGACAUGGUGGACUGUCUGGAGGAGCAGGGCAUCGAAGCUGUGGCCCAGAGACACCUGAGCAGGAAAGGCACUGACCUCGACUUGGUAGAACAGUUCAACAUCUACGAGAUAUCUCUCCGCCAUGAGGACGGAGACGAUGAUACCCAGUUGCCUCCCAGCGUCCGCAAGGACCGCCGGCGGGCCAGCGUUGGUGGCAACAACGAGAGGCGAGGCCUGGAGAGAAGACGCAGCCGGAGACAUUCGCUCCAAAAUAGCAGAGGCCACGCUUCUGCUCCAGCAUCACCCAGCAGCCCUCAUACUCACGCAAGCAGCUUCCUGCCCUUUGGUGGCCAACGUGUUGAAGACAUCAGUGAAAGUCUGACAGAUAUAAACAACUCUCCUACAUCUUACACAAGUAGAAAGCCCUGCUGGGCUGACAGAAUCAGUGGCAAAGGCAGUCCAUACCCUGGCAGGCACCAGGCUCCUACAUCACCCAUCCAUCGCUUCACUAGUUCAGCAACCUCCACACCAGACUCCAAACCGGUUGACAGACCUGCUCUAGGGGGCUUGCUAACUUCAUCGUACAGACAGCAUCAAGAGUCUCUGGCUGUGGAGAGAGAGAGGAGACGCCUGGAAAGAGAAGAGCGUCUGCAGAGAAUUGAAAGAGAUGAGAGGAACCGCUUCAAUCGAGAUUAUGCAGACAAGAGGGAAGAAGCAAGACAAGCCAGAGAGGAAAGGUACAAGGCUGUGGAGAGGCUAGCUGCAGAGGAGUUUGAGCGGGAGCGUCCCAGGGUGCCAUCGAGAGGACGGACAGAGAUCACUUUGUGUUUGAGUUCCAACCCUGUUAGCCGAUCUGCGUCCCGCUGUUCCACAACUCCAUCCAUUAUCUCACAGGAAGACACUGCACACCAAACGUCCGGAACAGAACAUAUCUCAGAGCCAAACCUUGACCCACAGACAAGAACCAAAAGUCCAGCGCCAGAGUUAACAGUAUCAGAACCUUCCCCCACACAUCCCUCCGAGCCAGACAAGCAGCAGACUGAGACAGAGCCGCCUGCAGAGACAGAGGAUGUUGCUGAGACUCCGUCCGACCAGAAUGUAGUGGCAGAGGCGACGUCAGAUGAAAAGUCAGGCAUGGAGAAAGAAGAGAGCCAAGAGCCGGAGAAGCUUGAGGAACAGACACAGUGCAUGGAUGAGGUAGAAGUAGAAGAGCAGGUAGAGGAGGCGGAGGUAGCAGACGUAGCAGGGGUGGGAGAGCCAGAUGUGGAGGUGAAUGUCGAAUUAGAGGAGGUGUUUGAGAAGGAGCAGCCGACGGAAAGGGAUGUAGAAGACGGUGUACUGCUUAGCGAGAAGGAGAGACAGAACGAGGAGGUGAAUGAAAAAGACAACUGCUCUGCAUCCAGCAUCUCCUCCACGAGUAGCACUCUGGAGAGGGAGGAGCGGGACGAGAAACUCACCAAUGACAUUGAAGCAGGCCAAUGGACCCAGUGCAUUAAAGAUGCGGAUGUUAACGACCAGUGCAACAAAAUACUCAACAACAAGCGCUUCAUGCUGGACAUGCUCUAUGCUCAGACAGCCAGCAAUGAUGAAGGGAAUGUAGCAGAAACGGAGAAAGAAAACUGUAAAUGUGAGAAGGAGACAGAGGUCAGUGACCCCUCUGUGGCUAGCUUGGCCAGCAGGAUCUCCACACUGGAGGCUCACAGACAGGCCAGAGAAGAAAAUGUGAAGAAGAUGGAGGUGGGACAUCUGGACAAGCAGGGCAGUGUCCGAGCCGUGGCGGAGAAGUUUGGAGAUUUGGUCAAAGGCCUAACAUGUCCUUCUGAGGUUGAGGUCUCAAAAGAGCAGCAGCAGACUGACAAAGCACCAAGCGCUGCCUCAUCAAGCCUUCCCCCUAAGAAAGAGUCAGACUAUAUCUGGGAUCAGCUGAUGGCCACACCCAGGGAGCUGCGGAUCAAAGAAAUGGACUUCACGGACCUGAGGGAUGAGGAUGACAUGGACAUUUUAGAUAUGGACAGUGUAAUGGGGUCGAGUGACCUGAUACCACCACCUCCCCCUCCACCAUGCAAUGCUGCCCUGCCACCACCCCCACCCCUGUUUGGGUGCCCCCCUCCUCCUCCCAUCCUUGGCAAAAUGAUGCCCCCACCCCCACCAUUCAUGCCCCCAAUCCCUCCACCCUCCCCUCAGCUGAGUCGAGGGGAUAUGCCUCUCUUCCAAAAGAAAAAGAAGACCAUUCGUCUUUUCUGGAAUGAAGUGCGUCCCGUGGACUGGCAGUGUAAGAGUCAUAAAUUCUGUAAGGAGUCCCUCUGGUCCAAACUGGAGCCAGUUAAACUGGACACAUCCAAGCUGGAGCAGCUGUUUGAGUCCAAAUCCAAGGAGCUGCCUGUCACAAAGAAAGCAGCUGUUGAUGGCAAACGACAAGAAAUUAUAGUCCUGGAUUCAAAACGCAGCAAUGCUAUAAACAUUGGCUUGACUGUCUUACCUCCUCCUCGCACCAUUAAGACCGCUAUCCUCAACUUUGAUGAGUAUGCACUGAACAAGGAAGGCAUUGAGAAAAUCCUGACAAUGAUCCCCACAGAGGAGGAGAAGCAGAAGAUCCAGGAGGCUCAGCUGGUCAACCCUGAUAUUCCCCUGGGCAGCGCUGAACAGUUCCUUCUCACCCUCUCCUCCAUCACAGAGCUGUCUGCUCGCCUGCAGCUGUGGGCAUUCAAGAUGGACUAUGAGCUUAUUGAGAAGGAAGUGGCAGAGCCUCUGCAGGACCUCAAGGAAGGGAUGGACCAGUUAGAGAAAAACAAGACACUCCGCCACAUCUUGACCACACUGCUGGCCAUUGGCAACUUCCUCAACGGCACUAAUGCUAAAGGCUUUGAGCUGAAUUACUUGGAAAAAGUCCCAGAGGUGAAGGACACGGUUCAUAAGCAGUCCUUGCUGCACCACGCCUGCUCCAUUGUGGUGGAGAAGUUUCCAGACAGCACUGACCUCUACUCUGAGAUAGGAGCCAUCACCCGCUUGACCAAGGUGGACUUUGACCAGCUUCAAGACAAUCUGGCCCAGAUGGAGCGUAGGUGCAAAGCAUCAUGGGAUCACCUCAAGGUCAUUGCGAAACAUGAGAUGAAACCAGCAUUGAAACAAAAAAUGUCAGACUUCCUCAAAGAUUGUGCAGAGAGAAUAAUUAUUCUGAAGAUUGUACAUCGAAGAAUACUCAACAGGUUCCAUGCCUUUCUGCUGUUCCUGGGCCAUCCGAUAUAUGCCAUACGUGAGGUUAGCAUUCAUCGAUUUAGCAAGAUCCUGAGUGAAUUUGCCCUGGAGUAUCGCACAACAAGAGAGCGUGUGCUACAACAGAAACAGAAGAGGGCCAACCACAGAGAGAGGAACAAGACCAGGGGGAAAAUGAUAACAGAUAGUGAGGAUGAAGAUGGUAGUGAGAGUGGUAAAUUUGGCGGUGGCCCAUCCGACGCACAGGACAGCCAGCCUCAGGGUAUCCAGUAUGCUGAAGAUGCAGCUGAACAUGAGAACAUGAAGGCCGUACUAAAGAGUAGCCUGCAGGGCGGAGAGAGCGUGACAUCCACGGUGCCCGGCCUCCGUACACGCACCAGAGCCAGCAGCACCCGAGGGUGUGUUCCCCCAUGGUGCUCUGCCAGUGACGACCCAGUGAACUGCACAGAUGAUACAGCUGAUGAGAUCAUGGAGAGGAUUGUUAGGUCAGCCACUCAGGGGCCCAGCCAGCGGACGCAACCUCGGGAGAGGAGACGGUCCCGAGCCAACCGAAAAUCAUUGAGGAGGACACUGAAGAAUGGUUUGACAACAGAGGAGGCAAAUGCUCUCGGCUUGUCCAGUGGUUCAGAGAUGCAGGUGUGAGGUGGACAUAAGGACGUCUGGGAACCCUUUCACUGCCCCUCCAAUUCCUACUCCUAACCUGGCAACCCACUCCACUCUGGCUUGGCACUAAAAUCCCCCCCAGCUUCAAUGAGUUGACCUCAUCUUUAUGCGUUUGGUACAUGGGCUUGACACCAAUGCUUCCUGAAGAGAGUGGAAAAAAGGUUUUAUUCAUUCAUUCAUUCAUUUGAACCGACGGUCAGAGAGAGCAGAAAUGGAGCGCUGCAUCCAAACCACUAAGCUUUGCUAUUGCUGAAAAAACAUCAAUGACGUGCACUCACAAGGCUUACUCACAAUCACCCUUUGAACGUGACAUUAUAUACAAACAACUGUGCAAAAGUUUUUUACAGUGGAGGGCAUCAAGAGUUGGCAGUGUGUGUGCUUCAAUCUCAGUGGCCUUGACUGAAUCCAAAGGGCAAGAAGUGUGGCACAGACACUAAACUCUCCGCUGCUUGGUUUUAGUGUCAGCCCUGCAGCUUUAGAGAAAAUUAAAGACAUUUCAUCUGUUGAAUAGAUGGCUUUGUGCAGAGGGUUAUUCUGUUAUAUACUACUGUAGUAGUUUUUUUUUUUUUUCUUCUUCAUUUUGCUCAAGAAGGUGCUCAAAUAAGGAACAAUUGCACUGGAUAUAAGAGUUGGGUAUCAAUGGAAUGUGAAAUCCUUGACACUGAUGAACCACUGACAUCUGAAAUAUACUCAACCGUUUAACCAGCAAAUCAACAGUAGCACAGUUUUUAAUGUCUAAUCAAAGUGGACACAUUCGAGGCAGAUGAGCAUCUAAAGCUUUGUCAAAUGUCUGUUGACUGGAUAAGGAUUUAUCAGAGAAACAUCUUUUUAAAGUUCUGUUACUGCGGGUGAUACCACUAGUGUCAGACUAAUUCUCAAUAUUUGUAGGUUGUACACAAAUGUACAAACAAACGUAUUCAAGUUGCAUCAUGUGUGAAUUAUUCUCACUGAUGGACUGAACAGUUGGAGACAGUAUGAGGAAGGCAGACGCAGUGUUAACAGGUGAGCAAUCUUCAGAGUUAUGUAGUUUUAUCUUCUAGAAACUAUGAGCUGCACAUCUCAGAGUGCCUUUCAGAGACAGUUAUUUAUUAAGACGUUUUCAGGGACAUAUAAUCAAGAAAAUGUUACAGAUGUGCAGUCUGAGGAGCAAGCAAGAGGAUAAUACUGCAACGUACAUCAUUCACGAGCUGUGAUUUAUUUUUAACCAGUGUUUUUAAACAAAAUCUUUUUUGUUUUCCAUGUUAUGUCUUGGAUCAAAUAGUUAUGAAGAUAGCUUUAAAAUAUUUAUGAAAACGUAGGAUUGGUCAUGCACAUUAGCUGUAUCCUGUUGCCUUACUGUAGAACACGGACAUGCAUUGUUCCACUCCAGUCGAGAUCUCAGUAAAAUAUAAGUUAAAAAUAGACCAGGCCAAAUUAACAUGUAGUUUAACUGGCAUCACGGGAGAUCUCAGUUGGUCAAUCAUUGGACAUUCAUCCCCCCAACUAUGAAUGUGAACAUCAGGGUUUACAUGAGAAUUAGUAAUAUGGACACACAUUAAAUGUCCAUUAUUUAUCUAUUUUAAAACAUGUAAAUCGGUAUUGAAGUGAAUAAGAAAGAGCCCGCCGUUUUUAUUAUGUAGGUCGAGCUAUUGAUGAAGUCGUAGUGCUAUUAAUUUGGAAUGGCCUUGGCUUAAUUAAUAAUCAUUUCAGUUUAUAUCAUGGCAAGGUAAAUCUAUCCACUAGCAAAUUUUCACUGUGAUGGAAACAUAGCCAUUGAGAGAAACAAGAAUCUAGCGCAACAUCAUGAUAAAGCUACAUAAAACCACACCAGCAGUACGUUUAUAUUGUUUUUUUGAAGAAUUAACUGAAAACUAUUCAGCACCUUAGACUCAAUGUGUAGCAUGCAACGUAGUAGAAUUCAAGUUAGAGAGGGGAGGGGGAGCUCAUUGUGUUUCCCAGAUUGUACUGAUUUUUGUCAAAAACAAGACAGAAUAGAUGUGUAAAGUAAUAUAGGGGGAAUGCUGUAAAAUUAUGUACAUGUCAUGACAAGGUCUUUGUUGUUCCGUUUAGUUUUUUUUGCUCCAUGUGUAGAAUAGUGUAUAAUAGACUAAAAGCAGUAUUAUUCUAAAUAUAAUUUAAGCAAACCAAGCCAUACUUGGUUUAAAAAGGUGUCACUUCUGCUUGAUACAAAAGGAGGUUCACUUUGGUUCUCAGAGCUGUACGGUUUGUGUUAUUAAACCUUUUUACUUCACAGACUGCAAAGUAAACAACUGUAGUGAAAACGUGCAGAGAUAAAGUUCACCAGCUAGUCCUGUGGAAUCCCUUAGAAGCCUUUGAUUUCAUUGCACUCAACAUUUUCUUCUUUUAACAUUAGCCCACCACACACAUUGCUGCCUGUGCCAUAACAUCACUGUGGAACUUUGACACAAAUGCUAUACAACCAAGGCUUCUAUUGCGUCUACGCCCACAGCAAAAACUAUGUAACAAAUACAAUAAAAAAGGCUCGUUGAAACAUC